AUGUCUCACUACCCCUCCCCGCGGUUGACUGACUCUCCGGUCUCGAAAUGUCCCCCUUGUCCCCGAGACAAAAGGCUCCGUGACACUAUCUAUCUAUCUAUCUAUCUAUCUAUCUGUCUUUCCCAUGCUUGCUUCAUAAAUCUAUCUAUCUAUCUAUCUAUCUAUCUAUCUAUCUAUCUAUCUAUCUAUCUAUCUAUCAUAUUUUCGUCGCUCAUGAGCAAUACCGAAAGCAGUACCUCGUUAAAAGACUCGCCCUCCCAAAUGGGCCAUUCCAUUUCGGUCAAUUUUCAAUUAUCUCCUAUCUCUUAUUCAACCACUUUCUCCUCUUUCCUUCCUUCCUUCCUUCCUUCCUUCCCUCCCUUCCUUCCUUCCUUCCUUCCUUCCUUCCUUCCUUUAGUGAUAUUUUCAGCUUCCUUUCUUUUUUUCUUAUAUAUUAAAUUUUCUUUCUUCUUUUCUAUCUUUCUAUUAUUCUUUCUCAAUGUUAAAUUUUCUUUCUUUUUCCGUCGUUUCUUUUCUCUCUUUUUUUUUUUAAAUGUCAACAUACUUUUUCUUGCUUCUUUCUUUCUAUUUCUCUUUCUUUCUUUCUUUCUUUCUUUCUUUCUUUCUUUCUUUCUUUCUUUCUAA